CUCAUUUUCGUUGCUUCUCAACUACAUGAUUGGGUUACAGCUGCAUGCCUGCUUUGUUGGUGAAAAUAAAAGUUUUCAUUAAACGGGUUUGGCAUGCUGAUGUCAGAGAUUUUUUCUUUCUUUUUAGUAACUAGUGGGAGGAUCUUAGAGGGUUGAGUCACGCAUCUGUCAAAGAGAGCUGUCACCCAGUUUAAUGAUCAAACACACUGAGCAAGAAGCAAAGAGAAGGGAAACUGGAGAUCUCAGGUACCUCGACAGUGUGUUUUGUUUCAAGCGAGUGGACACGCCGGAGAGCGAUUUCAAACACAAAAAGCAGUGAAAACACCACGGAUACAAUUUGGAUUUAAUUUGUCGUGUGGUUGGAAUACAUUUGCCCGACUUUGGAAUAUAAAGAAAACACAUUCGUUUGAUUAAACUGUAUUUUGGACCAAGAUGAAAGCGAAGAAAGGUAUGCUAACGCUAUCUGGUAGUGAAACCGAGGAUGAUGACAGCAUGGGUGUCCCGCUUGACCUGUCCUCUUCAGGCAAUGGGAAGAGGAAAAGACGUGGGAAUCUGCCCAAAGAGUCUGUGGAAACUCUGAGAGACUGGCUUUAUGAACAUCGGUAUAAUGCAUACCCCUCCGAACAGGAGAAAGCACUUCUCUCCAAACAGACUCAUCUUUCUACACUACAGGUCUGUAAUUGGUUCAUCAAUGCUCGUCGGAGGCUUCUGCCAGACAUGCUGCGAAAAGACGGCAAAGAUCCUCACCAGUUUACCAUUUCACGAAGAGGGAGUAAAAUUUCAGAGUCAAACUUCAUGGAAAACUCUAUGUCCCCCAAACCUUUGCUUUCUGGGAGCUUGGACGAGAGGUCGUUCCACCCUUCUAACUUAGGACCAAGCCUAUCCAGGAAACUCCUUUCACCAAAGAGCCCUUCUCCAGGUCCAGUGCUUCCCAGACCAUCAGUUAUAUGCCAUACCACCAUCACUGCACUGCAAGAAAGGCCCCUGCAUUACUGCCAAACAAUCAUAGACAAAGCCCAAGACUUACAUUCCACAAAAGUAUACGGUCUCUUCAAAUGUCAUGAAGAAGCAGAAACAGAAGGUAACUCAAGCCCUCAGAGUGGGCUUUUCAACACUCCUCCCCCAACUCCUCCUGAUCUCACCCAGGACUUUAGCGGCUUCCAGCUCUUGGUGGAUGUUGCACUGAAACGAGCAGCAGAGAUGGAACUGCAGGCAAAGCAACUUGUGUCUUAAAAUCUCAACUGGAAUGCAAAAAUAGACUGAAUUUACUGACCACACACACACAGACACACUAUAUAUAUAAUAUAGCUGUUGAUGAUGAGGACUACCAUGUAUUGUGUUUUUUUUUUUUUUUUUUUGCACAAAGGAGGACCAAAGACCACCUUGAACUUUGUCUUAAUGAACUUUGUCUUAAUGAACUUUCCUUUUCUUAAUAUUGAGAAAUGUAUUGGCUACUGCAGAUGCAGAUGUACUUUGUUUCUUACUAACUAGAGUUUAAAUGGUGUUCUUCUUUUUCUGUUUUUUCCUCAUUUUUUGGUACCGAUUUGCUAUUACUUUGCCUUGUUUAUUUGCACAUGAGGGCCCAAAUAAGGUCACAUACAUGUCUUAAUGUAGUUUAUUUUUUUGUUGACCUUAAUCACUACUGUAGAUCAUAUUAAAAAUAGCUUAGCUGUCUUUUUUUUACCUAUUGUUUUGCAAUGUGAGAGCUUAUCUUUUUCACUUAUUUAUUCUAUUUGUGUUUCUCACAGAAGAAAUACAUGAAUCAGGCAGGGCUUAGAAUAGAACAUGUAGCAAUUUUCAUAUUGACUGAGCCUUCCUUUGUAGUGUUGGAAGUGGGGGUUACCAAUCUUAAUGGGAGGGAUUGCGUUGAAGUUGCUUUUCACAGGGUAGAUCUGGGCUGCAUUGUAUGUUAGGAAUGUUCUAGAGAAACAACACUAAAAUAAUAGAUAGCAUGGAUGAAAGUGUCGGUGCGUAAAGUGUUUUUUUUUUCUUCAUUUUAGUUUUAUUUGUUUUAUUUUUUACUUUAAACAACACUGAAUAAAUUGUUGAAAAAAAGGACUGAAAUAAAUAACCCUAUGUAUAGCUAAUGUGAGAAGAUGCCCAAUUGUGUGAUUUCUUACUUUCAUACUGUGCAAUGGUUGUGGCAGAGGUUGCCCACAUGUUGUCUAAAUAAAGUUUCAUUUUGUACAGCUA